AUGCCUUCUUUUCAGGGCAUCGAAGUUGCUAUUGUGACUGAGCCCGGAUCCAAAACCCUUCCCGAAUUUCCCCUAUCGAAUUCGCAGCAGAUUCAGAAUUCUAGCCCUCGGAUCUCUGUCUAUAUUCCUUCUGAGCCAGGUACUCAUUUCGGUGUUCAUUACACACUCACUAAAGUGGUGAAGCCGCCGCCUUACUUUUAUUUCAAAAUAUUCAUGAAUGGCAGAAACGUCGCGAACUGUGGCGCGAAUUCCCUUACUCAUGCUUCGGGCUCUAUCGUGCGUUCACUCUGUGCACCGAGUGACCGCUGGAAGUACAAGGAAGACGGCGUAUUGUACAUCAGGGAGGGCAUAGAAGCACGUUGCUUCGGCUUUCUGCCCACUGGGCACAAAUCAAUCGCAGAGGAGGGUGGGUUUAUCGAAGUCCAAGUCUUUCGUGCCAAAGGGAGAAUUCGAAGACUCCCCGUCUUGGAGAAGCAUCGUGGUCAGGAGACUUAUGGCAUCGGGUCACCUUCGGGUGGGUUGCUGGAUUCACCGGACGAAGCCCGUUACUAUGACUGGAUUCUCAUCGACCCCAAGGAAAACCCCUUUGUCACUUUCCGCUUUCACUACCGCACUUGGUCGAAUCUGUAUCAGCUGAGUCUAGCACCUCGCCCAGACAAACUGGAAGAAGAGUCGACACGCACCGAAAGGGGCUCUGUGGGGAGCGCAAAAGCCGGAGAGUCGAGCGGUAGAUCAUCCUACUACAAAACGGGCAGCACAUCACUUCCGAAAUUGAGCUCAGACACAGACCGCGUCAAAUCAAAUCAGGGUCUCCCAUCCGAAUCCUCAGAUUUAUCUACACGACUUCGCGGGAUAAUCAAGAAUGCUCCUGUGAUACUGCCACCGAGCCAUACUACUCGCCCUCUACCAGAAAUCCCAAUCAAGAAACCGAUUGCUCACAACGACGUUGAUCGUCCUGUGCUGGCUUACACACCUUCUUCAUUGUCCGAUAUUUCGGAGAAGACAGAAGGCUCUGACGAGAGCACCACGGUCAUCUUACCGGUGCGAUCAGAUUUUCGCAGCACCGAGCACAGAAUAUCAGGGUCCCACACAACCGACAACCUCCCCGACUCAUCACUUCUCGGUGACCCUACCAACUCUAGGGCUGAGGAAUCAUCUAGCGAGGCGGCGGAGGAUCAUCAUGUGACAGAGCUGAAGGACACAAGUGCGAAACCAGAAAUUGAGGGUACUGAACCCAUUUCUGAUACGACUUCCAAGGUUAGCAAAGCGGAAGAUUAA